CUGACCGCUUCCAAACUUGCGUUAACCAGCAUGUUCAUGGAACCAAAUUUACUCUAGGACCGUCUCCUCGCAGAAAACGAACACACAAGUUUUAACAUCAGUUUUUUCUUUAUCUAUUGCAGAUAAAGCAGGAAUAUUGUUCUGCUCUCAGGGUUCCAGUAGUCAGGUGCAUGAAACUGGGGCAAUAGCUAUUUAGUUUUACGAGGACGGCUGCAGCCCACUAGACACCAGCCUGUCGGGAUGUAUGCACAGGAAUGUUCGGUUUCGCGCAUCAUCAUCGACUUCUGAGUGAUUAUCCUGUGUUCUUUUACAUUUUUUAGUCGGAGAGAGGAUGGGACAGGAUUUACUUUCACUGAUGACCGCUGUUUUAGCCAGAGGGUGACUGGGUGAUGGAAUAGUAAUGAAGUCUUGUCAGUGGGGAAUUAUGCCUCCUCUGUCCAGCAUCUCUCUUCAUCUCCGUCUUAUUUUCUGCCUCCUUCUUAACUUGCCCUUUACCAAUCACCAGUUCAUACCGGAACCAAGGACAGGACAAGGCCUGCUGCUUUUCACUCAGCCUGCAUAUAAUGCCUCAAUCUUUGAGAACUCUGCAGCAAGGACCUAUACAAGGAGUGAUGUCAAAAUGGGUGUCUUUCUUAGCCCCCCUCGUUCCUUAGAUAUUAAGUACUCCAUUGAGUCUGGAGACACUGAGGGAAUCUUUCAAGCUGAAGAGUUUGUGAUGGGAGACUUUUGCUUCCUUCGAAUACGCACUAAUGGAGGCAGUGGUGCCAUAUUGAAUCGAGAAGUUCAAGACAAUUACACCCUGACUGUAAAAGCAUCUGUCCAAGGUGGCCUAGAAGCCUUAGCCACAGUUUAUAUCAAAGUCCUGGAUACCAAUGAUCUCCGUCCUCUCUUUGCCCCAACCUCCUAUUUCUUUGUCAUUCCUGAAAGUGCCCCUCUAGGUGCCAGCAUAGGACGGGUAACAGCUACAGAUGCUGAUGUUGGCUCUAAUGGUGAGUUCUACUAUUUCUUCAAAAACAAAGUGGAGCAUUUUGCCGUCCACCCGACCAGUGGGAUCAUCACCCUGACAACCCGACCCAGGAUGGAUAAACAAGACCGGUUUGAAGCGGAAGUGCAGGUUGUUGACAGGGGGAUGAAACUGUAUGGAAACAAUGGCAUUAGCAGUACUGCUAAGCUGGUGCUAACUGUGGAGCGUGUUAAUGAAUUCGCUCCUGUUCUCAGUGUGACUCCUGUUGUUCCGUCAUGGACUGAUUUGGACCCUGUGUAUGCCAUAGUGACUGUGGAGGACAAAGAUGAUGGGGUAUCUGGGGAUAUAGAGUGGGUGUCCAUCAUUGAGGGAGACAUCUUAGAACAGUUUGUGGUAGAUCGAUCACCAGUUGCAAAUGAGUACAGAGUUAAAGCAUCAGACUUGGUUGACUGGGAUAAAUUCCCUUAUGGCUGCAACUUAACAUUUCAAGCUAAAGACAGGGGUAUACCUCCUAAGUAUUCUAAUAUCCAAGUUAUUCAACUGUUGGUUACAAAGCCAGAGCCAGUGUUGGCGAAUUUUGAAAAAGAUGUUUAUGUAGUCAGGCUCAGUGAAAUAGCUCCCCCAGGCACAAUUGUAGAGGUGGUGAAAAUCUCCCCUGCUCCUCUGAGUGUCAAUUACAGUUUCAGCAGCCUCUCAGAUCCAAUGUACUUUGAUAUAAACCCUUUGACUGGUGUUAUUAUGACCACAAGGCAGCUGACAAGGAUAUGGCAGAGUUUUAUGGAAAUGGAGGUGCUUGAAAUUAUCACCCAGCAACGAGCAAGGGUCCAAAUAAACAUAGAGGAUGCUAAUGAUAACACUCCAGUAUUCAACAAGCCGUACUAUGACGUUGCAGUCAAUGAGAGCUUGCCAAUAGGGACUGUUGCUAUAGUAGUGUCUGCUGCAGAUGCUGAUAAAGGAGAGAAUGGAUACAUAACCCACACAAUCAGUAAUGAUCCAGAUCUGCCGUUUAACAUAGAUCAGGCUACAGGGGAAGUAAGGAUCACAAGAGACCUGGACUUUGAAUCAUCAGAAGAUUUCUAUACUUUUACUGUGAGAGCCUCUGACUGGGGCUCACCCUACAGAAGGGAGAGUGAGGUUAAUGUUACCAUUCGUCUGAUAAAUAUUAAUGACAACCAGCCUCUUUUUGAGAGAGUUUCUUGCAAAGGUAUGAUUAGCCGUGACUUCCCUGUCAACCAGACUAUUGUCACUAUGUCUGCUGUGGACAUGGAUGAGCUAAAAAUGGUGAAAUACAAAAUAGUGGCUGGUAAUGAAUUAGACUAUUUUAAUUUAAACCCAGAUUCUGGGGCUAUAUCAUUGAAAAGAUCAUUAGCAGUGGUUAAUGUAAAAAAUGGAAUAUUCAACCUGAAAAUAGUCGCAACAGAUGGUGAGUUGUUCUCUGAACCUACAUUUGUCAAUGUAUCUGUGGUGAGAGGUAGAAUGCCACCUGGGGGUUUUAAUUGCAAGGAGACCAGGGUGGCACAGCUGUUGGCUGAAAAAAUGCUGGCAAAAGCCUCUGCUAUGGCUAGACCAAGAUUAGAUCAGAGCUACACAGACCUCUUCUCUACAAAUAAACAGGCUCCACAGUUCGAGGCCUUACCUACUAGUAUCUUAGUGCGUGAAGACCUUCCUGCUGGUGCCAGUGUAUUUCAAGUGAGGGCACGCGAUGGUGACACAGGCUUCAAUGGCCAGGUUCUGUUUUCCAUAUCUGAUGGUAAUAGAGAAAAUUGUUUCAAUAUCAACAUGGAGACUGGCUUGAUCACUAUAUUACAACCACUUGACCGUGAGCGAACAGAUCGCUACUUCCUAAAUAUCACCAUCAAUGACCAGGGAUAUCCACAGAUGUCCAGUUGGAGACUCCUGACAGUGAUCAUUGAGGAUGCAAAUGAUAAUGACCCCCAGUUCUAUCAGGAGAGCUUUUCUACUAUUAUUUCAGAAAACGCCGCUAUUGGUAUGCAGGUCACCACCAUCACUGCAUUCGACAGAGACAUGGGUCAAAAUGGGCAGCUGUCCUACAUUUUACUGACUAGUGUGCCUCAGUUUGGUAUUGACAGCGAAACUGGAAGUGUAUUUGUUGCUAGCCACUUAGACAGGGAAACGGUCCCCGUGUUUAUGUUGAAAAUUGAAGUGAGAGACAAGGCAGAGAGAGGCACAAGGAGGUCAUCAGUGACCACUUUACGCGUAAUUGUGGAUGAUAUCAAUGAUUGUGCUCCAGCUUUCAUUCCCAGGAGCUUUAGUGCUAGAGUACUGGAGGACCUCCCACCUGGGGCCGUGAUUACAUGGGUUCAGGCUCAGGACCCAGACAUUGGCCCAGGAGGACAAGUCCGGUACUCUUUGACUGAUGACUUCAGUGGCACUUUUGAGAUUGAUGCUGUGAGUGGGUUUUUGAGGUUAAGGAAGGAACUGGAUUUUGAGAAACAGCAGCUUUUCAACCUCACAGUGCUGGCUGAAGACAGGGGAGCACCCACUCUGAGCAGUCUGACAUUUGUGGAAGUGGAGGUGGUGGAUGUCAACGAGAAUUUGUAUGCACCAUACUUCCCCGACUUCGCUGUGAGAGGCUCAGUGAAGGAGAAUUCUCGUGCAGGCACAAGUGUCCUGACUGUGAGUGCUAAGGACGAUGACAAGGGACGAGAUGGCAUGUUGAGGUAUUCUGUCAGAGGAGGCAGCGGACUGGGCACUUUCACCAUCGAUGAAGACACAGGGGUGAUUUACACCGCUGGUAUCCUGGACUGUGAAACCAAAGACUCCUAUUGGCUGACAGUCUAUGCCACAGACAGAGGGCUCACACCUCUGUCAGCUUCUAUUGACGUUUUCAUCCAGGUAGAGGAUGUAAACGACAAUGCUCCUCUCACCUCAGAUCCUAUCUACCACCCCGUCAUCAUGGAGAACUCCCCAAAGGAUGUGUCAGUCAUCCGCAUCCAAGCGCAGGAUCCUGACCUUACAGCAACGCCCAGUCGUCUCAGUUAUCGUAUCAGCGCUGGCAACCCUCAAAACUUCUUUUCUAUCAACCCCAAAACAGGGCUGAUUACAACAACCGCAAGGAAAUUGGACAGAGAACAACAGGCUGAGCACUUUUUAGAGGUAACAGUUAUAGAUGGCCCGGUGACUACCCGUCAGUCUACGGUGUGGGUCAUAGUCCACAUCGAGGAUGAAAACGACAACCCACCCACCUUUCCAGAAGUCAUGUAUCGCAUCAGCUUGCCUGAAAGAGACCGCAACAAACGUGGCGAACCAGUCUACCGUGUCUUCGCUUACGACCGCGACCUUGGAGCUAAUGGCAACAUCACCUACACUAUUGUUGCCGGUAAUGAGGAUGACAAGUUCAGUAUUGAUCCACGGACAGCCAUGGUUUCAUCAAAGAAGAUGGUGACAGCAGGAAGCUAUGAUAUCCUUACUAUUAAAGCGGAGGAUAGCGGUGAUCCCCCAUUAUGGUCUACAGUCAAACUCCAUCUUGAGUGGAUUCGCAAACCCGUGCCCUCGCCUAUGCCCCUGAUGUUCACCCAGAGGUACUACAAUUUCUCUAUUUCGGAGACAACGGCCGUGGCUCAGCCAGUAGGAGUGGUCGCCGUCAGCCAGUCAACUACACCUGUCUGGUUCAAUAUCAUUGGAGGACGACUGGCCAGAGAAAUGUUCUACAUUCCUCAGAAUGCGUGUGGAAGAAACUGCUCACUUGAUACAGGGAGCUUUGACAUGCAGUUUGACCUGCAGGUUGGGGUGGGGACUCUGGUUGUUGCCAAGCCCUUAGAUGCAGAGAUGCAGUCGGUGUACAACAUGACUGUACAGGUGACAGAUGGCACCAGCCUCGCCUCAGCACAGGUGUUCAUCAGGAUAUUAGACAACAAUGACAACCCUCCCAUCUUCUCGCAGUCGGCUUAUGAUGUCAGUGUUUCAGAGGAUAUACCAGUCGAUAUGGAGCUGCUGCGUGUUAGAGCGACAGAUGUGGACGAACGUGCGCGAUUGAGUUUCUCCAUCUACGGUUCUGUAGACCCAGCCAGUAUGAGACUAUUCAGAGUCAACCCUGGAACAGGUGUCGUCUACACGGCAGACAGACUGGAUUAUGAGGCUAGAACACAACACAUCCUCACUAUUAUGGUCAAGGAUCAGGAGUUUCCAUUUAACCGUGACCUGGCUCGUAUCCUGGUGGCAGUGGAGGACUCCAAUGAUAACAUCCCAUAUUUUACCAGUACAGUGUAUGAUGCUGUUGCCUACGAGUCUUCUCCUGUUGGAACUUCGGUACUGCAAGUGACCGCCCUAGACAAAGACAACGGAAUUAAUGGACAACUCUCCUAUUCUAUAGAAGCAGGUAACACUGGUGGUGUGUUCAGCAUAGAUAAUGCCACUGGUCUUAUCUCGAUUGCCAAGGACCUGGACCUUACCUCUGUUGGCUUUUACACUCUCACUGUGCGUGUCACAGACAGUGGAUUUCCUCCAUUAAUGGCCACAUCCACAGUUCGGAUCUCCUUGGUUCUGUCUGACUUUUCCACGCCCAAAUUUUCUCAGAAAGAGUAUCCGGCUGAGAUAAUGGAAAACAGUGCAAUAGGAACGCAUGUGACCACUGUUAGCGCCCUCAGUCGAUCAGCUCUCUUUUAUGAUAUCUCCAGGGGCAAUGAGGAGCAUUGUUUUUUUAUAAACCAUCAUACUGGUGUAAUCCUCACACGCAAAUUACUCGACUUUGAGCAAACGACAUCUUACUUUCUGGUGGUGCAUGCUUUGAGUAUGUCUGGAGUUGAAGCCAGCACAACUGUCAUUGUCCAAGUGGGGGAUGUCAAUGAUAGCCCCCCUGUCUUCCAGCAAAUCAGGUAUGUUGGAGCAAUCAGUGAAGCCGCUCCAGUGAACAGUGUUGUCCUGGGAGAAGACGGCAAACCCCUAGUCAUCCAGGCGACUGAUAAGGAUCGCAAUCAUAACGCGCUGUUAACUUUCCAGAUCAUAGAGGAGACAGCUUGCAUGUUUUUCAGUGUGGACUCAGGAACUGGAUCAAUUCGAACGAUUGCCAGCCUGGACUAUGAGACUUUCUCUGAGUUCCUUUUCCGAGUUCAUGUUCGAGACAGUGGUCAGCCUCCAAGGAGCGCUGACAGUCCAGCUGAAGUGAUUAUAAAGGUGAUCAACAUCAAUGAUUCACCUCCAAAGUUCUCCCAGGACGUUUAUGAGACUGUCCUCCUUCUGCCAACCUUCAUGGGGGUUGAAGUCUUUAGGGUUGAAGCUUUUGAUCCUGAUUUGACCUUUGACCUCAGUUUGACCCCUGACAAGUCCACCACUCCUCAACUAACCUACUCCUUAGUUGACAGUAAUCUGGAAUACUUCUCUGUGGAGCGCUACACUGGGAUCGUGACUGUCAUUAAUCCAAACCUGAGCAAAGACCGCUACCGGUUUAAUGUGAAGGUAUGGGAUGGUCGUUUCUCCAGCAUGGCAUUGGUCACAGUGCUUGUCCGAGAAGCUAUAGACAGCGGUCUUCUCUUCACUCUCCCAGUCUACUCUGCCUCUAUCCCAGAGAAUGUACCUAAUGUGACCUUGGUGACGGUUGUCAACACGGUCGGCCACCGUCUUAAUGAGCCCCUGAAGUACACUCUGCUAAACCCCGGUGGCCGCUUUACAAUUCGACCAACCUGUGGAGUGUUGCUGACCACGGGGAUGCCUUUUGACAGAGAGGAGCAGGGGAGUUAUAAGCUAGUGGUGGAGGUCAGGAGAGAAGAUGAGAUCCUGAGGGUGGCCAGGGUUAUGGUGCACGUGCAAGUGGAGGAUGCCAAUGACAAUACCCCUGAGUUUGUAAACCUCCCUUACUACGCUGCAGUGCAAGUGGAGGCAGAGCCAGGAUCUUCUAUCUUUGGGGUCUCGGCUAUUGACUCAGACAGUGGUCCGAAUGGAGUAGUGACCUACAGUCUGAAAGAGCAACAUCGAAACUUUCAGGUGAAUCCUGUGACUGGAGAGGUGACGUUAAAGAGGCCCUUUGAAGUUGAUUUAUCCAAUGCUGAGUAUAAGGUGGUCAUAGUGGCCACUGACGGUGGAUUUCCGUCGUUGUCCAGUGAGGUGGAGCUGCCCAUCACCAUUGUGAAUAAAGCCAUGCCUGUGUUUGACAAGCCUUUUUAUGGGGUCACUGUCAGAGAGGACGUGGCCAUCUCUACCUCUAUCCUGUCUAUAAACGCCACCAGCCCAGAGGGCCAGAGCGUUAUCUUCACCAUCACUGAUGGGGACCUUUCCCUCCAGUUUGACAUUGGCUUUGACACAGGGGUCAUCAGUGUGAUUUACCCCCUGGACUAUGAGACAAACCAGUACUAUCGGUUAACAGUGCAGGCUACAGAUACACUGACAGGUGCCAAGUCUGAAGUCGAUGUGGAUAUUAUUGUGCUGGAUGUGAACGACAGCCCUCCACUGUUCCAGAAUAAUUCAUACUCCACUGUGCUGAGUGAGAACUCCAUGAUUGGAACGUCAGUGUUGCAGUUGUUUGCCCAGGAUCAAGACUCAGAGAAGAAUGCCCUGGUGAGUUACCAGAUCCUAUCUGACAUCUACAACAGCACCGACUACUUCAGCAUUGACAGGACCACCGGACUGGUAUUCACUGCACGCUUACUUGACUAUGAGCUCAUACAGCGCUACAACUUCAUUGUCAGAGCGACAGACAGUGGAGACCCUGCCCUCAGCAGUGAUGUUACUGUCACUGUGACUGUAACUGACACAAACGACAACCCACCUAAUUUCAGCCAGGCGCUGUACGAGGCCUUUGUCAGCGAGCUGGCUCCCAGAGGACACUUUGUGACUUGUGUUCAGGCGUCAGAUGCUGACAUCUGCGAUGCUCAUAGGCUGAGGUACAGUAUUCUCUCUGGGAAUGAGAGGAUGACUUUUAUGAUGAACCCAGAUACAGGAGUGCUUAGUCUGUCUAACAAGAGGAGACAAGGCAUGAAACUCUCCUAUCAACUCAAUGUGUCUGUGUCAGAUGGAGUCUUCACCAACACUGCUCAGGUGAUUGUGCGUGUCCUAGGAGCUAAUCUGUACAGCCCUGUGUUCAGCCAGAGGUUCUACCUGGCUGAGGUCAGUGAAAAUGCCCCUCCUGGGUCAAAGGUCAUACAGGUUCAGGCAACUGAUGAGGACUCCGGGUUAUUUGGGCAGAUCACUUACUCCUUUAUCAAUGACCUGGGAAAAUCACAGUUCAAUAUAGAUGCAGACGGGGUCAUAUCCACUGUUCAGAAGUUAGACAGAGAGAACCCUUUCAAUAAAGACAUGGUGCUGACCGUCAUGGCCCUGGAUGGAGGAGGCCGUGCCUCAUUUUGCACAGUAAGGGUGGUCCUUGCUGAUGAGAAUGACAACGCCCCUCGGUUCAGAGCAGUGGAAUACCGUAUGAGUAUCAAAGCAAAUGUAGCCAAAGGCUCCCUCGUCACACAGAUCCAGGCCACAGAUCCUGACGCUGGGUCUAAUGGAAAGAUCACCUAUUCCCUUUACAGUGAAGCACGUCUGUCACUGGUUGAUGUGCUGGAGGUGGAGCCAGACAGUGGGUGGAUGAUGACAAAGAGCACUGUGGACCACCUCCAGGGGACUAUGCUCUCUUUCUUUGUCAAAGCCACAGACUGUGGAUCACCGCCCAAACAUUCCCUGGUCUCAGCCUUUAUUCACGUGGUUCCUCCAGAUGCGUUUGUUCCAUCCUUUAGCCAACCUCAGUACUCCUUCACCAUCCCUGAGGACACAGCAGCAGGAACAGCCCUGGGAUCUGUGUACAUGGGCCCUGGACAGACCGGGUUCUUCACUGCAGUUGGAGGAGACACGCCGGAUAGCAACCAGGGAGGAACGUUCGUGGUGGAGAGGGAAUCUGGUCUUAUUCGUCUGGUUAAGCCUCUAGAUUAUGAACAGGUCAGCAUCUUCCGCUUCAAGGUUUCGGCCACAACAAGAAGAGAUCUGAUCGAGUCUAUCUCCACCGUGGACCUAGAGGUUAAGAUACUUGAUGUGAAUGAUAACAAACCAGUUUUUGAGACCAACAGUUAUGUAGCCACUGUGAUGGAGGGAAUGCCUAUAGGGACGAGAGUAGUGCAAGUACGUGCACUUGAUCCAGACUGGGGCUCAAAUGGACAAGUAACGUAUGGCCUUGGUACUCUGCUAACGUACAACCUGGACCUGACCAAAGACGCUCAGUCCUACAGUGGCCCCUUCACUACCAGCUCUGUGUUCGCCAUCGACAGUAAAACAGGUUGGAUCACCACAGUCAGUCAGAUGGACCACGAGGCCUGUUCCAGCUACAGCUUUGAAGUUGUGGCCUCUGAUCUGGGGGAGUCACAGUCCCUCUCAUCCACUACAGUCGUGACCAUCAUGGUGUCAGAUGUAAAUGACAACCCCCCUCAGUUUGAGAGGGAGCUGUAUCGCGGUGCAGUAAAGGAGAGCGAUCCCCUCGGUGAAGUGGUCGCAGUUCUCAAAACCAAAGACAGGGAUGGCACAGAUCAAAACCGACUCGUCAGCUUUUACAUCACUGGAGGAAACCUGCGCGGUGUGUUUGGAUUGGCUCUCGUGCAGGGGGAGUGGAAGGUUUAUGUGAGUGGACUACUGGACCGUGAGCAACAGGACUGGUAUCUGCUCAACAUCACAGCCAGCGAUGGCCUAUAUGUUGCUCGUACUGCGGUGGAAGUUACCAUCAUGGAUGCCAAUGACAACAGCCCCAUCUGCAACCAGGCGGUGUAUAGUGCAUCUUUUCCUGAGGACAUCCCUACUAACAAGGGCAUUCUGACAGUGGGCGCAACAGAUGCUGAUUCAGGAUCCAGUGCUGAGAUCCAGUAUUCGUUAUUUGGCAUUGGUGUUGAAGAUUUCUACAUGGAUGCAAAUACUGGUGAGCUGCGUACAGCAACUGUUAUGGACAGAGAAGUGACUCCUAGCUAUAAGCUCAUCGCCCAGGCAACAGAUGGAGGCGGGCUGUUUUGCCGCUCUGACAUUUCUCUCAAGGUGUUGGAUGUGAAUGAUAAUGCCCCCUCUUUUUCCUCUGCUCAUUACAUGACAAGUGUGUAUGAGAGUGCUGUUCCCAAGGCUUUGCUUACCCGACUGCAAGCCAGUGACCCUGAUGAAGGUUUUAACCGCACCGUAGUCUACUCCCUGGUGGAUUCUGUAAAUGGAUUCUUCUCCAUUGACCCUAUAUCAGGAGUGGUAAUUCUUGAGAAAUCCCUAGACAGAGAGAGCCGGGAUGCAUAUCGGCUACGUGUCCAAGCCACUGAUCAAGCUGGGCAACAGGGGGCGCUGUCCUCACAGGUUGAUUUGACCAUUUUAGUCCUGGAUGUAAAUGACAACGCUCCAGUCUUCCAGAGGAGAGACUACUCUGUAACACUGCCAGAGGAUGUAGCCAUAGGGACUGAGGUUCUGCGUGUGUUGGCAACUAGCGCUGACAUCGGACCUAAUGCCGAGAUCACCUACAAGAUCAGGUCGGGCAAUGAGCUGGGAAAGUUCACCAUAGACAGAAAUCGGGGCUCCAUUUCUGUGGCUGAUGAUUUGGACUUUGAGGUGUGUAAGGACUACUACCUGACUAUCGAAGCGUGGGAUAGUGGGAACCCGCCCCUCAGCACUGCUACCAUGGUAACAGUUGAACUCAUGGAUGUGAAUGACAACGCUCCAGCCUUCAGCCAAGACAUUUACAAUGUUCUGGUCAGCGAGGAUGCGUCUGUUGGACAAACAAUCACCAGGGUGUUGGCAGAAGACCUGGACAGCCAGGUGAAUGGGCGAAUCACCUACUCUAUCUUGAAGGGUGACCGUAGCAACCACUUCUGGAUCGACCCCGUAACAGGCCUCCUCAAAGUCAAUAAGCGGCUUGACAGAGAGCUCGUAUCCAGGUACUCUUUGUCUGUGCAGGCGUUUGACAGUGGCUCUCCUGCCAUGUCCUCCACUGUCACAAUUAACAUCGAUAUCUCUGAUGUUAAUGACAACCCUCCUGCCUUCACCCCUGCCAACUCUACUGCUAUCAUACAGUUAAACCAAGCUUCUGGUUCCACCCUGCUGAAGCUGUCAGUCACUGAUAAAGAUUCCCCCAGAAAUGGUCCUCCGUUUGAGUUUCUCAUUAAGUCUGGAAAUGAAGGAAAUUUCUUCUCCCUGGACCAGAUGGGAAACCUGAGGUCCAAUCGCGCAUUAGGACCAGAAGCACCCAGAGAGUUCACCCUUGAAAUCCAGGCAAGUGACUCUGGUAAGCCUCGUCUUACCUCUUCUUCCUGGGUGUUUCUGAGGGUCAUUGGAAACAGUCAGUAUAAACCUGCAGUCUCGCCACUGGAAAUCUUCAUCAUCAUGGUUACAGAUACCUUCCAGGGUGGUCCAGUCGGCCAAAUCUAUGCCACUGACCGUGACCCCAAUGAUGUACUGUCAUUUACCCAGAAGUCACAGCCCAAGAGCAUGUUUAGUAUUAACAGACAGGAUGGCACUGUUGUAGCGCUACCAGGCCUGGAAACUGGCAGAUACCAGAUGAAUGCCACAGUGAGUGAUGGGCGUUUCGCUGUGAUAGCAGAUGUGUCAGUCCAGGUUGAACAGGUGACAGAUGUGCUGUUGCGCAGCGCCUUGACCUUGCGUUUCAGCUCCCUGUCCCCAGAGGAUUUGGUUGGUCGCUACCUCAGCCAGAUAAAGUUAAUGUUACGGGGCCUGGCGGGCUGGAAAUGGUCACCUGGACAACAAGAUCCCCUUCACAUACUCAGUGUGCAACCGGUGGUGGGAACGUCUAAUGUGGACUUAAUUCUGGCCAUGGAGAGGCCGGACACCCCAGGCAGUGGACGGAUGGGUGGGUUCUAUUCCCAGCAGGAGUUGUCUGCAAAGCUUGAGGAAGCAGCACUGAAGGGCCAGAUUCGAGGUGUCCUAGGUGGGGCUGUGCUAGUGAGUAGUGCCUGUUCUGGGGAUCUGGAUUGCGGUGAAAGGGUGUGUGAGCAGACCCUGGUGAUGGAGGGGAGCUCUCUGGUUACGUACAGCACAGAGCGGAUCAGCCUGGUGUCACCGAGGUUCAGCCGAACAGAGAUCUGCACCUGCCCUGGAGGCUCAUGUCCAACCCCUGUAGAGCUUUGUGAAGGUCAGUCCUGUCCAACAGACAUGCAGUGUGUUCGCUCUGGUCCUACAGCGCCAUCUGUCUGCCAGUGUCUGCCUGAACGACUAGAUGAAUGUGCAGGUCAAACCUCUCUGAGUUUCUCUGGAAACAGUUACAUCAAGUACAGAGUGACAGAGAACGGUCAGAGUGGAGAAAUGAAACUUGGUCUCAGAAUCCGAACGCUUCAGAGAAGAGGAGUUAUCAUGUUCACUCGGGUUAAUCCCUGUACGAUGCUCAAGAUUGAAGGGGGUCGGCUGUGGUUCCAGCUGGACUGUGACAACACACUUGGUAUUAUGGGUAUCUCUGGCAGACCAAUAAACGAUGGACUCUGGCAUGCUGUUGCCUUGGAGCUGACUAGGAACUACACCCUGCUAUCAUUGGACGACAGCUAUGUGGAGCGCCGUCGAGCAGCCAGAGCCCCAGUUCGCCUUUGGCCUCUGGCCCCAGAUUCAUCCUUCUUCUUCGGAGCCCAAGUGAGACCACCUAACAGCCAAGGCGAGAGGCAAAGUCCAGGACCAGGGAGAAACCAAGCCGGACCGGCACUGGGUGACCGUGGGACGAGGGGCCCACCAAGAGCCCAGGAUGGCUUCCAGGGCUGCCUAGGUUCGCUGAUGCUGAACGGUAACGAGCUGCCACUGCAGAAUAAGAGAAGCCGUUACGCGGAGAUUGCCGGCCUGAGCGAGGUCAAGUUGGGUUGUGUGUUGUAUCCAGAUCCAUGCGUGAGUCAGCCCUGCCUCAAUGGUGCUAUCUGCAGCAGCCUGCCCUCUGGAGGCUUCAUGUGCAGUUGCAGUACAGGCUUCACUGGGGGGCGCUGUGAAGUCGAAUUGACAUCUUGCAUGCCAAAUCCAUGCCAGAACGGUGGAGACUGUAAGCCUGUAGGCAAUGCAUUUCUCUGUGCCUGUCCCAGAGGACUUGGAGGACUUAUAUGUGAUGAAGAUGUAAAUGAAUGUGACCAGGAAGAGUGUGCAAAUGGAGACUGUGUCAACACAUUCGGAUCAUUUUACUGCAACUGCUCCGAAGGCUUCGAAGGUGUGUUUUGUGAUGAUCAGACACCUGGUGAUCUGGGGGAUGACACACAGGCGGAGCCCUUGUCUUAUGUCGGACCAGGAGAGAUAAUUGGCAUCGGGGUCCUUGCAUUUGUCAUCCUCCUCCUACUCAUACUCUUCAUCGCCUUUAGGAAAAAAAUCACCUUCAGGAAAGAGUCAGACCCUGGCCCAGCGACUCAGACUGUGAUGGGAGUCUCUACUAUAUCCACAGAAACCAGCUAUAUGCUGCACAAGACCGGCAUGGGGGUGGAAGGGAUUGAGUUUAAAGCAGUGCGUGUGUCAGGUUCACCAGGGACCAAUAGUAGCUAUGGUGAGGUUGGAGGAAGCACGGUGGGCCCUCCGCAGGUCAUGGUACGUCCAAAUGCCCACUCCCCUCUACCUGGAGGACUUGGCAACCAGGGCCUGAGGAGCGGAGACGGCGACAAGACCACUUUCAGUGAUGGCAGUCAGAUGAGUAGCUUCCUCUCAGACUUGUCUAAUGUCAGAGGAGGCGCUAACAGACGGGGCAUCGCAGUUUGCAGCGUGGCACCCAAUCUUCCAUCAGCUUCGCCCUGUCGCCCAGAGCUCAGUCCAGCCCACAAAGUGUCCUGGGAGGUGGAGGAAACGAGGGAGGAGGGGCUGGAGAGGGUGAGAGACGAGAGAGAGGAGGAAUGGGGACAGAGAGCCUUUGAGUUGGAGAGAACACAGAGAGAUAACAGUCCACAGGCAGACCUGUCAGAGCUGGUGGAUGAGGUAACGUGUCUGUCAGACUCCACCUCUGAAGAUCACUCCGUCAGUUCUUACACGUCUGAGUCUUUUGAUGACAAUGCCUCCAUAGUGACAGUCAUACGUCUUGUCAAUGAUGCUGUUAAUAAUAUUGAAAGUGAAGUGUCAAACAUGGACAAAGAACAGCGGCGGAACAGCCCUGCGAGUCGCCACCUGCAGAGCAAAGAUGAGAUUUGUUUAGAGUUCGUCAAAGAGUACAUUGUGGAUUCGUACUGGGAGUCUUCCAGUCAGACAGCUAGCUGGGUGUCACCAUCACGUCUACGUCCACCUGAGGCAGGAUCUCAUUACGACCUCAGUGACACCCAACAGAGUAUGAGACGAGGAGGUAGCACACGCUCCCUCCAGCUGGACUACCGGCUGAUGGGAUACACCAGUGACAGAGGUCGAGUGCGGGGACGGGAGACCGGGAAGAGGACGUUCCAGUGGGAGAGGAAUCAGUCAGGUGAGUGGGAGAGGAAGCGCAUCCUGGACAGGGAAGAAAACAGAAGACACGACGGGGAAGAUAAGACUACUGGCAGCAAAAGCAGGGACUCAGGAGCGUGGCAAGACCACAGAGACCACAGCCAUGACAGCUGUGAAGACAGCUCCUCUCCUGUUUACGAGGAAUACAGAGAAUCCGGCCAUGACCCAGAGCAAAAUCAAGACACAGAGAGCCUGUAUGACACUCUUCCCCCAACCCGGCCAGCCUAUGAGGGAUACCCAUCCAGCCCCCCUGGCCUAAACCUGCACCCAGCUCAACUUCUGCCUCCACUUCGAGCAUGGGAUUUACAGACAGGGGCAUGGAGGGGAUCGCAGGAGGAUCGAGGAGGGCUUAGCUCCAGCAAUCUGGCAGGUUCUGGGGACGAGCUUGAGAGACUGCUAAACCUGGUGUCACUCAGAGCCAGGAGAGCUACACGGAUAAACAGAGCCUCGACGGGAUCUGAACCCACAACUGGCUGGGAUGGAUUUAAAUAAGCACACAAGACUAUUAAAAAACAAAUUGAAUUAUUAUUCCUUUAUAAAUUAAAGAGAAGCAGAGACCGCCCUUUUAUUAUACUUGACAUUUAUAACACUACACUACUGUCCCAACAUCUAAAAAUGAUUAAAGCAGAGUAUUACCAUAUAUACUUUUAUUAUUCUGCAUAAUUAUCCCACUUUAAUCAAACACUAAUCCACCACAAAUCCAGUGGCUCAUUUAUAAGCCAGCAGAAAUAUGUGCAUUCUUUAGACGCUAUCACCUGUGCUGCAUGAGCAAUGGCAGAGAAUCACUGUGAUUCAGCGCAGUUUGAUUUAAUAUUAAUAGAAUUACUGGGGCACAGCAUUUAUUAACAUAAAAUUAUGAAAGGGGCCAUUUGUCUUUGUUUUCUAUAAUAUGGAUGUAUGUACUGUAUAUAUGUGAUCGUGUGCUUCAUAUGUUGUGGCAGGCACACAUAAAUAAUCAUUUGUUAAAUCAGCCAUUAUUGACACAUGCCGGGGGCACUUAUGGACAUAACAAUUCACUUAAAUCUGUAUACUACAUACACUAUGUGGACAAGAAUUCUGGGACACAACACCCCCACAGCUUUUAGGACUUCAAAAUCCUGUUACUUUGAAACAUUAUCACAAUCAAAAUGUCCUUCUCAGUUGUUAUAAUAAUAAAUAAUUAUCACAGUAAACAAAUGUUAAAUCAAAAUUUAUUUUUAGUUUAAAGGCUGAUUUUUAUUCCCCAGUGAGAGCUGAAGAAAGCAGAUGGUAAAUUGCAGUUUAUAUGUCAGAAAUCUAGAGAAAGAACAUAUAAAACAAUUCUAAUGAUAAAAAGAAAAUCAACACUGAGUAAAAUUAAUAUUAACUCUGACUUUUUUUUGAAGUAAUUUAAUGUGUACAAACGAUCAGUAAUGUAGUUUUAUUUCCUUAUAAUUUUAGGUGAAGACUCUCUUGUGUGUUUAAAAUGCAGGACUGCACUGGUAGUAAGUGUUUUCUGGAUGGAGGGAUAAGCCUUAAAAGAAGAUGGAUGUUUUUGGUUUGUCUGGUUUAAGGAAAAAAAAAAAAAGAUAAGUGAGUUGAGCAUGAGUCUC